AUGAACGUUUGUAAAACUCAUCUUCCGUUGAAAAAUUUUCUUUUCAUCUUGGGCCUAGCUUUUUAUUUGGCUGAGGUUAAGGCAACCCCAUCAAAAGGUAUCUACGACUAUGGUGAUGUUCUUCACAAGUCGAUACUGUUCUACGAGGCUCUACGUUCUGGGGAUAUCCCGGAAGCUACUAAUCGUAUACCGUACAGAGGUGAUUCAGCUUUAGAUGACCAGGGAUUCUAUGGAGAAGACCUCACAGGAGGCUGGUAUGACGGUAUUAACCAUGUUAAGCACGGACUACCAAUGGCAUCGAGUGUGAUAAAUCUGGCUUGGGGAAUGAUUCAAUACAAAGACGCCUAUGUCGAUGCCGGUGCAUGGGAGUAUGGUUUAGAAAGCAUCAAAUGGGCGACGGACUACUUUAUUAAGUGUCAUACUGCUCCAGAUGAAUUCUAUUAUCAGGUUGGCACUAAACAGCUCGAUAGCACCCACUGGGGGCGCCCUGAAGAAAUGGACAUGCCUCGACCUCCAGAGAUGGUAAAUACUACCGUUCCUGGGUCAGAUGUCGCCGGACAGACCGCCGCCGCAUUGGCUGCCUCUUCAAUUGCGUUUCAAACAGAAGAUCCAGCGUACUCUACCACUUUGCUAGAGCAUUCAAAACAGUUAUUUACUUUUGCCAAUACAUACCGAGGUCUGUAUCCGGGUACCGAUUACAGGUAA